AUGGCUCGAUCAAGGAUACUUUUCGCCUUCCUCGCUGCAGUCGUCGGAUUCACUCUUACUGAAAGUAUCGCAACACCCAGGUCUUUGAGGACAGUAGCGACGGAGCCUCCCGGCUCACUUGUCUCCAGUUCAUCUGCGUCCAACAGCGGUAUCGAGUUUGCUACCCCUGCUACUGCGACGAGUACCGUCCGAUCGACUUAUCGCAACUGGGUGGGCUCGUGGAGUAUGUCACCUGAUACCGCGUGCUAUCGAAAAGCUCACAUCAUGGACGUCUGUCCUAGCAACUACGACCGUAAUGAGGCUACAAAUACCUGUUGGACCGAAUGUCCAUUAGACUACCCCGUCGAGUGUGGCAUGGAAUGUAUUCGACAAAAUGAUGACUGUGGGAUUGAAGUGACCAGUAAGGUUACUGCUGUUGCUAUGACUAUUCUCAGUAGCGCUACAUUCGGCGUGUUCGGCGAGCUGGCCAAGUUGGGUCAGAAGAUUUCGUGGGCUGUCAAGUGCUCCAACUCGAUGAUGCUGGUGCUGCGAGGAAUUAUCCGAUACAUUCGCACUAUGAAGGCGGAAGACCCGCAGGCGACCGACCGCCAGCUACUCAUUCUACUAUACCAGACGAGCACUGUGGUUACGGACCUACCUAUCGCAAUUACCAUAUGCAUGGGCAAAGCUGUCCCCCCGAACCUUCGUUUGUCACAAUACGUGCUAUCAACGGCGGAGUGGGUGCUCAUGCAAGUUCUAGCUCAUGACGACAGUAUAAUCUCGAGUUGGGGGAGGUUCCGUGCCUUCCUUAAAGGUGCUAACUUCACUGAAGCUGCGGAGGAGAUCACGGAGGGAGAGAUUGAGUCACUCGAGACGGCUAUGAAGCAGAACUCGAGUUGUGCCGGAGACCUCAAGUCCCUAACUGACCGCGUUUGGCUGACUGUAAACGAGUACCGACAAGAGAACCCUGCCAUUACGGACGAUGAGAUUCGCCUCAAGAUCAGCGACUCCGACCUCGUACUCUACGACGUGCCUACAGUGACCAACAACUGUAUGCACCAGAUGAUCUCCGAGUCCAGUCUAACGACCGCCUAUAAGACCCGUGAGGUCUUACGGAAGACCUUCGGGGUCAUCAUCGACGACCUCAUCAAAUCGGGGAAGAGCGACAAUGGCACGUCCUACGACGAGAAGGAAAAGGCGUACAAAGUGGUCGACUUUGCCUUCUCCACUGCCGCUGCAACGUUGCUAGAUCCCACGCGUAUUACGCUGUUGUUUUCCGAGUACAUCCAGACGGUCUGUGGGCCAACCCAAUUCAUGGGGGAGAUCGACGACGGUACUGAUGCUGCCACGUUGGGCUUGAACACACUUGAAGACGCUUUCAAAGGCAGUAAAAGCUCGUGGACCAAGAAAGGCGACGGUAAAGUUAUCAUCAACUUUAAGAGUACAGACACGAAAGACGUGACGGUCAACAUCAUGUCUGGAGGAGACAGAAUCGAUGAAGUCGAUGUAAAAGCUGGAGGAACUGCCCAAUGGAAUUCAACUGUUAAAGCGCUAGGCGGUAAGACGCUCUACCUUGAUCGCUGGCGCCCGGGUUUCCUCGGCCUUCCCGGCACUGGGGGAGGUUCACUUGUGUUGUGGGUGCCUAGGGCCUCUCAAGGAGGCCACUUAGAAAUUGAGGCGAAGCUCAACGUGAGCUAG